UUAUGAAGUUUUGGAUUCCACAAAACUCUCCUGUUUUUUUUGUUUCCACCUACAAAAACCUGUAUAAACGUUAUCUUUUCCCUAGAUUUGUCAUCCGCUCUGCUUCAAGAUCCACCUCCGACUGCGCCAAAAUCGCGAAGUAGAGUGGCCCAAUCAGAUAACAAAACCGAAAAUUCAAGGGGGUGGAAUUGAUUACCUGCUUCUAUAGGCACCACCAGUCUUGUUUCUGCACACAGAAAGAAUUGCAUGGAUCGAGUUAUUCAAUCUAGAUUUGCACAAAUGAAUUUGUGUACUCCAGUUGGAGGCAGUUUAGGACAAAUCAAUAAGCAGCUCACCCUUCAGUCUUCUAGGUUGUGGCAAGACCAGGGAAAUAAGACAAAUAGAAGGGGUAUCACUCAUUUUUCUUCUUUGCAUAGAGAACCAAAACUGUUCUCUUGUCAAGCCUGGUGUUCGGGUUUUCUAAAACAGGAUUAUAAAAGUCAGUUUCUCCAAUUUCAAACAAGGUACUCAGCAGAGAAUUUUGCUGGAAGUGUUGAGGCCUUUGAGAAUGCAGAACCCCUUUCAAAGAAUAUUACUGGCAAAGAUUCUUUGCAAAAAGAGCGCAUUGUCAAUUCGUCUUCUUUGCUGGUUGAAGAUGUCCAAAAGCAUAGGAAUAAUCUGGUGACCUGCAUUGGAGCCGUGAUUCUACUCUCAGCAUUGACUUUAAUCUCAAUACGUCCUGCUUUUGCAAUAUCAGGAGUCAUUCAUACCAAUGCUGGUGCAAAAGGAGGAGCAUCUGCUGCUGUUGCAGUUGGAGAGAAGGCAGCUAGCUCCUUUCUACGAUCGGAGCUGCUUGGUAGUGCUUGGACUGGACUCGUUGCUGGCUGUUUGCACACUUUAACUGGACCUGAUCACCUUGCUGCUCUAGCUCCCCUUUCAAUUGGUCGCACAAGAAUGGAAAGUGCUGCAGUGGGAGCUUUGUGGGGUUGUGGUCAUGAUGCUGGACAACUCAUUUUUGGUAUCCUCUUUCUGAUAUUGAAAGAUAAAUUGCAGAUUGAGCUUCUUCGCUCAUGGGGAGCUCGAGUUGUGGGCAUCACAUUACUCAUUAUUGGAGGUAUGGGCAUUAAAGAGGCCUCAGAAGUACCUGAAGCUUGUGUGGCUCUAGAGAGUGGUCAUCAUCAAGCAAAUCUGUUGAAGCCUAUCCCUGCUCUUGAAAGUGGCAAAAAAAAUAUCAGAUUUGCAACCUUUGCAACAGGAAUAGUGCAUGGCUUGCAGCCAGAUGCACUUCUUAUGGUUUUACCUGCCCUUGCACUACCUUCUCGUUUGGCAGGAGGAGCUUUUCUCUUAAUGUUUUUGGUCGGAACUGUCAUGGCAAUGGGUGGUUACACUGCGUUUAUCGGGUCUUGUAGUGAUGCACUGAAAACAAAGAUUCCAAGGAUAACAGAGGGACUUUCAUGGGGUUCUUCACUUAUUGCAAUUGCUCUUGGUGGAGCAAUUCUCUUGAGUGAGGUUUUUGGAAUCAAUCUUUUUUAGUAUUUGAUUCAAACACGUUCCUUAAUCCCGUGGUUACUCAUAUAGCAUCUAAGCUAUAUUUUCUUUUCUUUCUCAAGUUUUUGUUGUAUUUUUUCGAGUAAAAUCGGCAAUUAAUACAUAUUUUCAAAUUUUUAAACUA